UUUUUUUACCCUCCUUCAUAUUUUCCAUCGCCAGUUUCUAAACCCAACGUUUCAUUGCCCGCUCUGACCUACGAGCUACCAGAUCGAGAGUUCGAGUUACUUGUGCUAGGUGUCCAGCAUGUAAUCACUCUGCUCUUGAAUCCUUUAUUCAGGUGGUCAAUUCUGGUAGGAGAGAUUGGAACGAUAUCAUGGCGACCGACAGCAGCUCUGUUGUGCCACCCGACAUGGAGAAGUUCAUCGUCGGUAUCAUUGGUAUGGGCGACAUGGGGAAGAUGUACGCGCGGAGGCUUAGCGAUGCUGGUUGGAGAGUAAUGGCUUGCGACAAGGAGGAUCAAUAUGAGAGCUUGCGUGAAGAAUUUACAAGUCGGGUACAUAUAAUAUAGUAAUCCAUUCUCAGGAAUCCAUGCUGAGAGGUUUCCAGAGCAAUAUACAAAUUCUCCGAAA